AUGACAGCUACUUCAAAACAAUCGAGUAUUGCGUCACCUCAUUGGUUCUCCAAAGUACCAAGCAAAGCAUGGGCUGAGAAGUUCUAUCUUCUCUACUCACCAUUCUGGAUUGGUGUCUUCUCGCUUGCCGUCAUCACUGAAGAAUAUAAGAAAUGGGCAGAUUUAGAAUUCUUUAUUCUCGGACUUAUUGUCUCUUUGCCAUGUGUUAUUGUGCCAAUGUUGUUCCCGUGUGCUGCCGACCGCGAUAAGCCAUGGUACGAGAGAUACUGGGUCAAAGCCAACAUCUGGAUUGCAUUGUUUGGUUUCGUCGGUAACUACUUCUGGACACACUACUUCUUUGUGCUUUUACGUGCUACCUACCGAUUCCCAGUGGAUUUCCGUCUCAACGAGGUACCAGUGAUGCUCUACUUUAUCACCCACGCCUACUUUAUGACUUACCAUGCCGCUACCACACCGAUCCUCCGUCGUUUCUGGUCGAGCUACGCUCCAACCGCGCCUGGAAAGCGUCAGCCACUCGGAAAGAUCGUCGGUUCCAUAGUGAUCAUCGCAGCCAUGUCCUAUUUCACUGCAUUCAUGGAGGCAUGGACUCUCGAGAAGGUUCCAUACUACCACAUCGAGAAUCGUGAGCAGAUGUACUUGAUCGGAUCGACCUUCUACAUGCUCUACUUUGUCGUUUCAUUCCCAAUGUUCACUCGUAUCGACGAGACCAACGACGGACAAAAGUGGUCACUCAGCAGAUCCGCUCUCGAGGCAUUGGGAUCGGCCAUGAUCGUCUUUAUCCUCUGUGACUUCUGGCGUCUCAUCAUUGGUUCGAUCACCGGUGAUACUGCUGCCCAGGCCAAACCAUUCUUGGGUGCACAUGGACGUAUCUAA